UACUAUCCUUGCCGGGGAGAUGUCGCUGUUUUUAAGAAGGGCGGGUCUUUAAACCGAACUUCAUGAUAAGAAAGUGCUAAAGAGAUUGCUGAAGCGAAAAAGGGGAAGUCGGCCCUGAGAAGGGGAGACGAGCUGAAGGAGAACAAUCAAGAUGACUGAGAAGGAUGGACAGCCACAGCUGGAGGACGGAGAUGAUGACCUGGACAGCAAGCUCAAUUACAAGCCGCCCCCUCAGAAGUCCCUGAAGGAGCUGCAGGAGAUGGACAAAGAUGAUGAGAGUCUAAUCAAGUACAAGAAAAAACUGCUGGGAGAUGUUCCCGUGGUAGCAGACCCAACAGUCCCCAAUGUGACUGUUACUCGGCUUAGCCUUGUUUGUGACAGUGCACCAGGACCCAUCACCAUGGACCUUACUGGUGAUCUCGAGGCCCUCAAAAAGGAUAUAUUUGUGUUAAAGGAAGGUAUCGAAUACAGGGUCAAAAUCAACUUUAAAGUGAACAAGGAUAUUGUGUCUGGCCUGAAGUAUGUUCAGCACACAUACAGGACUGGCAUGAAAGUGGAUAAAGCUACAUUCAUGGUAGGCAGUUACGGGCCUCGGCCGGAGGAGUAUGAGUUCCUGACCCCAGUAGAGGAGGCUCCCAAGGGCAUGUUGGCCCGAGGCACUUACCACAACAAAUCCUUCUUCACUGAUGAUGACAAGCAAGACCACCUCACCUGGGAAUGGAACCUGGCCAUUAAGAAGGAUUGGACAGAAUGAGUACGUCUGUCCAUCCUUCCUGCCACCUUCCCCACCAGAAGAAUUCUCCUGACCGACCAUGUUGAACAUCACGAUAUCCGUCCUCCCUCCCUGUUCCUAGCUGGGUCCUCUCCCUAUCACACACACACACACACACACACACACACACACACACACACGUCUCAUCACUGAUAUGUUUUAUCUUACCCCAUCUGUCAAAAUGUUCCCUGCAAAUGAGACCUAAAACCCAGGCUUAAGCCCAUCAUGUUCCCUCAGACUGUUCCCCCCUGAGCAGGGACAGACUUUUGAAGUUCUCCAUCUCAUUUAGUGGCCUCCUGUCUUCUCCCAGUUUGAAUCCUGGAGGCCAAGAAAUGGGCAAGCUAUAGCUAAUGGCUCCUUGGCCUUCUGUUCAGAAAUUUGUUCUCGCCACAGGGUUCUUCUGGUUGGAUGAACCCAUUACCUUCUCUGCCAAUGGGAGCUCUUCUUUUGUGGGAGACAAUGUAAACAACACCAAAGGAAAAGAAUAAAAUCGUGUGUGUGACUGAGAA